AUGGCCAACCGGAACCAGCCUGAAGAGAAAGUCGUUACACCAGCCUUCGAGUACGUGACCAUGACAGUCCAUCACAAACCCUACGAUAAGAUCUCACCUUUCCGCCCCGAACUCUCGGCCAAAGGCAAAAACGUUGUGGUCACGGGAGGCGGCUCAGGGAUUGGAAAGGCGAUCGCAAUCGCUUUCGUUCAAGCCGGUGCUCGCUCGGUCUCGAUCCUCGGUCGCCGCGAAGACCGCCUCAAGGGAACGCUGGCGGAGAUGACAUCGGCCGCGACUGGUGUUGCCACGAUCUGCCACCAUGAGCAGGCGGACCUGACCAGACGCGAGCAGGUUGACCGUGCCUUCGCGUCCAUCGCUGCCAAGGUGGGCAAACUGGACAUCCUCGUCUCUAAUGCUGGAGGUUUGCAGCCCGUCGCGCCGAUUCUGGGCUACGACGUGGAUACAUUCAUGUAUGGAUUCGACAUCAACGUACGUACGGCCUUCAACGCCAUCCAGGCUUUUAUUCCGUUGGCGAUUCCAGAGCCCAUGAUCAUCGACAUAUCAUCCGCGAUUGCACACAUCCAGCCCAUGCAGGGUCUUAGCCACCAUGGCGCGAGCCACGCUGCGGCAGUCAAGAUGAUGACCUACUUCGCAGCUGAGAACCCGGCGAUACACUUUGUGAGUAUUCAGCCAGGCGCAGUGGCGACGGAACUGGCCCAGAGGGUGGGGGCGGGGGGUCAAGAUUCUCCGGAACUACCUGGUCAUUUCUGUGUCUGGAUUGCAUCUCGAGAAGGAGAGUUCCUCAGGAACAAGUUUGUGUGGGCGAACUGGGACGUGGACGAACUGAUGGCUCGAGCGGACGAGAUUCAGAAGUCGAGGCUGUUUACCAUGGUCCUUGACGGAAGCCCAAUAUAG